AUGGCUAAUUAUCAUAGCAAUGUACAAGAUUAUUACAGUAAAGAAUUAAAAUCGACUUAUGAUUUAAAGACAAGUGCUUGCUGUACAAAAGGAUCGACACCACAUUCUAUCAAAAGUAUCCUAAAAGAUAUUCAUCCAGAUGUUCAAGCAAAAUAUUAUGGCUGCGGACUUGUUUUUCCUCCAAAGUUGGAAAAUUGUAAAGUUUUAGAUUUAGGAUGUGGUUCGGGUCGAGAUGUUUACAUAUUGUCACGUCUUGUUGGUCCACAAGGUUUUGUAGUCGGAGUUGAUAUGACAAAAGAACAGAUUGAUGUUGCUCGUCAACAUAUUGAUUAUCAUAUGAAGAAGUUUAAUUACAAAGAAUCAAACGUUAAAUUUAUUGAAGGAAAAAUAGAAAAUCUAACGGCGCUUGGUAUAAAUGAAAAUUUUUUUGAUGUUGUCGUUUCUAAUUGUGUGAUCAAUUUGACUCCAGAUAAAAAAGCGGUUAUCAACGAAGUUUGGAAAGUACUGAAACCUGGUGGUGAAUUUUAUUUUUCUGAUGUCUAUGCUGAUCAAACAAUAUCAGAAGACUUACGUAACAAUAAAAUACUGUGGGGAGAAUGUUUGUCUGGAGCUAUCAAAUGGGAAGAUUUGGUUCUAUAUGCAACCGAAGCCGGUUUUACAACUCCACGACUUGUCACCGCUCAACAAAUUGAUAUUACAAAUGACGAUUUAAAGAAAUUAGUUGGUACGCCUGUGUACUUCUCUAAAAUACUCUUUUUCACGAUAUUUUUUUCACAUUUCUCAGGAAACAUUCGUUUCGUAUCGGCUACGUUUCGUUUAUUCAAAAUUCCAUUGAACGAAGCUGAAAUAAAUAUUCCAUAUUUACUAACAUAUGAAAGUGGAAUUCCAGAUUUUGAAGAUGCCUUUUUAUUUGAUAAUACAAUAACAUUCAAACGUGGAGAAUUAGUGUCAUGUGGACCAACAUUAGCUUCUGCUGUACUAAAUUCACGUUAUAGAGAUAAUUUUACUUUUGAACCAAUUGAUAAUACAAAACAGUAUGACGGACAAAUUGUUAUUGUUGAAGAACAAAAGGAGCGUCCUGUAUUUUUAAAAUAUGCUACUUGCCAAAUGCUUAUGUUUAAAGCGAGAAGAUUAGCUUCAAGUUUAAUGGAGUAUCGAACUUAA